CUGUGUGUGUCUGUGAGUCUGUGUGCAGCUGGGCGGCUCGGACGCCGGGGUCCGCGCUCGGAGGAGCCAGCAUCUUAUGACAAGGAAGUAGCUGUGUAGCCGAGCUUGCUGGACGUCUUGGGCAGGAACCAGGGAAGGAGUCAGCGGCUGUCCCGGUGAGCCCUUCUAGGACUCUGCCCACCAGCUUCGAGGGCAGAGCGAGGCCCCCUGGCCCCAGAGGGGGAGAUGGUGUGAAGCGGGCAGAGCACCGGGUGCCCCAGCUCCCAGCCUGGCAUGGCAGAGGGGGAGACGCUGGCCGUUGUGGACUGGCUGCGGGCGCUGCACCUGGAACAGUAUGCCAGUCAGUUCGAGGAGAGGGGCCUGGAGCGGGUGGCUGAGUGCCAGAGCCUGGACGAAGGGCAGCUGCUCCGGAUGGGCGUGCUGCUGCCCGGACACCGCAAACGCAUCCUCUCCGGCCUCCAGAAGGCCUCCUCCAGUGAGCCGCCCCCUGGGCCUGCCCUGCCAUGCCCCGAGGCUCCCCCGAGACCGGUGCCCAUGAAACGGAAUAUCUUCCGCCGGGUUGGGCCGGCUCCGACCCCAGCCUGCAACCCUGACCCCUGCCUGGGCCCUAGCCUCCCUCCGGCCCUGGGAACCACCCCGGGCCCCCCGCCCAUCCCGCCCCGGAAGAGCUGUCAACCGCCGGUCAAGUUCUCGUGCCUACCACCUGCCUCGGAGCCAGGCCCGGCCACCCUGCGGGUCGAGGAUCCGUCAGGUCCACCGGUCACCCUGCCUCCAGAGGAUCCCAGGGAGCCAGGCGUCCCGGUCAGGCCGCGGCCAUCGCUUCCACCACUGCCAGCCAAGCGACACCAGGUAGAGAACAAGGGGCCUCCGCCACCGGCCCCUCCUGUGCCGAGCCGCCCACCCCACCUGCCGCCCAGGGGGCUGCCCCCAAAAGAACUCACCAGCUUCUCCGCAGAGGUUGGGCCACAGACACCAGAACUCAGUGGCCCCUGGGGGAAGCCCCCGCCCCCACCCCCACCGGUGGUAGCCCCGCAGCCCCCUCCGAAGGUCUUGCUCCUGACCCCCGAGUUUGACGACUCUGACUACGAUGACCUGCUGGAGCAGGAGCAGAGUGGGGCAGCAGCCCCGGCAAGCACGAUGACUGACCAGGGGGAGGAGCCGCAAGGAGGAGGGGGUCCCCGGGCCGUGCGCUUUUUCAGUCUGCUGAGCGAAGACGGCGAGUUGUCUGACGAAGACGACCACGCCUAUGAGGACGUGGCCAAUGACAACGUGAAUGUCCCCACCCUGAGCCCACCACAGCAGAGCUCUGCCCCCGCCCCUGGGGGACCCCCGCCCCACUGCCCAGAGGGCAUGGCCGGGACCCCCACGCCCCCCACCCCCGUCAUCAAGGCCGGCUGGCUGGAUAAGAACCCCCCCCAGGGGACGUACAUCUACCAGAAGCGCUGGGUGAAACUGGACUCAGAUUACCUCCGCUACUUCGACAGUGACAAGGAUGCUUACUCGAAACGGUUCAUCCCCGUGUCCUCCAUCUCCCGCGUGGCCACCACUGGGGACCAGAAGUUCGAAGUUAUCACACAUAACCGGACAUUCGCAUUCCGGGCUGAGAGCGACGCUGAGCGGAAGGAGUGGAUGCAGGCCUUACAGCAGGUGGUUGACGAGCAGCGGGCACGGAGCCAAAUGUCUCAGUACCCGCUGGGGUUCCGAGCCCCCGAGAACCCUGACAAGGCGGGUAGCCUGGAGCUGCGAGGGGUCAAGCCCAAGCUGUACGUCGUGGUGAUGGCGGACAAGGUGCUGCUCUACAAGAAUCUCGAGGACUACCACCAGGGCAUCGGCAUCACGGCCAUCGAGAUGAACGUCGGCAAUGUGAAGGAUGGCGAGCGCCGUGGCUUUGACCUCACCACCCCCUACCGCAUCUUCAGCUUCUCGGCAGAGUCGGAGGCAGAGAAGGAUGAGUGGCUAGAGGCCAUGAGGACAGCCAUCGCCGAGGCCCUGUCCACCUCUGAGGUGGCUGAGCAGAUCUGGGAGGCACCCGCCAAUCGGUACUGUGCUGACUGUGGGGCCGCCCAGCCUGACUGGGCAUCCAUCAACCUCUGUGUGGCCAUCUGCAAGCGCUGUGCCGGGGAGCACCGGGGGCUGGGCCCCAGCAUCUCCAAAGUCCGCAGCCUUAAGAUGGACCGGAAGGUGUGGACGGAAGAGCUGAUCGAGCUCUUCCACCAUCUGGGCAACGAAGUGGGCAACCGCUUCUGGGCUGCCAACGUGCCCCCGAGUGAGGCCCUAGACCCUACCAGCAGCAGCCAGGAGCGGCGGCACCACCUGGAAUCCAAAUACCGUGAGGGCAAGUACCGGCGCUUUCACCAGCUCUUCGGCCACCAGGAGGAACUCAACCGGGCCCUGUGUGCCGCCGUCACCACCUCGGACCUGGCCGAGACGCAGGCCCUCAUCUUCUGUGGGGCCGAGGUCAGCUGCUUCUCUGGGGACCCAGCCGCCCCCACCCCUCUGGACCUCGCCGAGCAGGCCGGCCAGAGGCUGCAGAUGGAGUUCUUGAGAAACAACCGCACUUCGGAGACCCCGCGUCUGAACACGGGUGGCCUGGACAAGCAUUAUUCAGUCACCCUGCCGUCAGUCAACCACUCCGGCUUCCUCUACAAGACCGCCUCCGUGGCCAGACCCCAGAGCGAGCGUCGGUCCCGGGAAGAAUUCAGCCGCCGCUGGUGCACUCUAAGUGACGGGUCCCUCAACUACUAUGAGAACGACCGGGUGGCCACCCCCAGCGGGGAGAUCCAGGCUGGCGAGAUUGUCUGCUUGGUGUUCCACCCCCCCGACACCCAUGGCCUGGAACACACCUUCGAGGUCUACACCGAGGGAGAGCGUCUCUACCUGUUCGGAGUAGACAACGUUGAGCAGGCCAAUGAGUGGGUCAAGUGCAUCGCCAAGCUGUUCGUGCCCCCGUGGGCGGAGAGGCUGCUGCAGCACGACUUUGAACGUCUUGGCCGCCUGCCCUGCAAGGGGGGGCUGAGCUUGGAGCGGCCACAGGAAGGCUGGUUCGCCCUGGCCGGCUCCUUGCUUUACGCCGUCUUUCCAGACAGCGGCCAGGAGGAAGCCCUGCAUCUCCAGAAGCUCCAGGAACUGUCGAUCCAGGGGGAGGGGGAAGAGCUGGUACUGGUGGAGCGGCGGAGGACACUGUACAUUCACGGGGAGCGGAAGCUGGACUUUGCCGGCUGGGUCAGCGCCAUCCAGAAGGCAGCGGGCAGUUCGGGGGACACCUUGUCCCAGCAGCAGCUGGGCGACUCCGACAUCCCAGUCAUCGUGUACCGCUGUGUGGACUACCUCACCCAGUGUGGGCUGACCUCUGAGGGGCUCUACCGGAAGUGCGGGCAGACAUCGAAGACCCAGCAGCUGUUGAACGCCCUGAGACAGGACGCCCGCAGCGUUCGGCUCAAAGAGGGAGAGCAGCACGUGGAUGAUGUCUCGUCGGCCCUCAAGCGCUUCUUCCGGGACCUGCCGGAUGGGCUCUUCACCCGGACCCUGGGCAGGGCCUGGCUGGAUGCCACAGGAAUAGAAGACGAACAGGAGAAGAUUGCAAGGUACCAGGACCUCCUGGCACAGCUGCCCCCUGUGAACCGUGCCACUGUGAAGGCGCUGAUCAACCACCUCUACUGCGUCCAGUGCUUCUCGGACAGCAACCAGAUGACCACACACAACCUGGCCAUUGUGUUUGGACCGACGCUAUUUCAGACGGAUGGGCAGGACUACAAGGCCGGGCUGGUGGUGGAAGAUCUUAUCAGCCACUACGUGGUGGUCUUCAACGUGGAUGAGCGGGAGCUGCGGAAGCAGCGAGAGGAAAUUACCGCCAUCAUCAAGAUGCGUGUGGCCGGUUCGUCCAGCGGGACCCAGCAUGCUGGGGAUUUUAUCUGCACCGUGUACCUGGAGGAGAAGAAGACAGAAGCUGAGCAGCAUGUUAAGAUCCCGGCGGCCAUGACGGCAGGGGAGCUGGUCUGGGAGAUCCUAGACCGGCGGAAAGUGGGAAUGAAGGACAAAGAUUACUGGAGCUGCUUUGAGGUCAGCGAGCGAGAGGAGGCCGAGCGGCCCCUGCACCACUCGGAGAAGGUGCUCCCCAUCUUGCACGGGCUUGGCACCGACAGCCACCUGGUGGUCAAGAAACAUCUGUCCAUGGAGGCCAUGCUCGUCUACCUGGCCAGCAAGGUGGGUGACAGCAAGCAUGGGAUGAUGAAGUUCCGGGAGGACCGAAGCCUGCUGGGGCUGGGCCUGGGGCUGGGGCUGGGGCUGGGGCUGCCCUCCUCCGGCGGCGGCUUCCACGAUCGCUACUUCAUCCUCAACAGUCGCUGCCUCCGGCUCUACAAGGAAGUGCGGAGCCUGAAGCAGCGCAGCGCAGCUCCCGAGAAUAGCCACAAGCCGGAGAAGGAGUGGCCAGUCAAGAGCCUCACCAUCUACCUGGGGGUCAAGAGGAAGCUCCGUCCCCCGACUUGCUGGGGUUUCACAGUGGUGCAUGAGAAUGAGAAACACGAGAAACAGCAAUGGUACCUGUGCUGCGACACACAGAUGGAGCUGCGCGAGUGGUUUGCUACAUUCCUCUUCGUACAGCACGAUGGCGACGUGUGGCCGACGGACCCGUCUUCCAACCGGGUGUCCCGGGGGCAACAGGACGCCAAGCUGGGCAGCGUCUCCCUCAUCCCCCUCAGAGGCAGCGAGAAUGAGAUGAGGAGGAGUGUGGCUGCCUUCUCCGCUGACCCUCUCACUCUUUUCCGAAACACGUGAGAGAGAAAUCCGAACAGAGCGUGAUCCUGAGACCCCAUGGAAUCAGCAAGAAGGGACCACCUUCCCUCGCACCUUCACCCCGCCCCACGGACCUGCUCAGCACAAGGCUGAACAUGCAGUGAUCUUUCCUGGCUCCGGAGAGGGUGCUGGAGCAGCCGGGGGCUUCUUUCCCCAGGGACUCUGAACACCCGGAAGCUGGGCCUGUGAGGACCGUAGAGAUGCCCCUCAUCAUUCCCCUCCUUGGCCAUCCUCUCACUCCCAACCCCCAAUCUGCACAAAGCAGCCCAGCCCAGGAGCAGGGGGCAGGAAGGGGGAUGACAUCGGUGUUUUGAUAAUAUAAAUAGAUCUGUAUAUUUUACACCUGUGUG